ACGGGUCGUCGUCCCCGUUUGUCUGGGCGACGCGUUAAGCGUUCGUCAGGAGACGUUAACGACCACCUGGUUCGAGGUCAGCUCUCAGAUCGUGCUGCUGCAGGACGGAGCGGCCGCCUGAGUUUACCCCCGUAACUCCUGCCGGCUCGUUCGCGCAUCCUCGCGGCGAUUUAGGAGGAAACCGUCACCAACCCGAGGGCGGGCGUGUUGGAAUCCCGCGGAGACGCACAGCAGGCGCGCAAGUGGGUGCAUAUCCGAGCAGUUCUUUGCUUCCGUUUUGGCUGGAAGUGGUGUGGGGCGAUCUCUUGAUGGGAGGAAAGCGGAGUUGAAGGUCUGAGCAUCACCUGCAUGCCGGAGUUCGGGAGUUCAAAGCCGGAGUGAGCGAUCUGGAAGGCGACCGGAGCGCGGAGGGUGGAAGAGAGCUAUGCCAGAUGAGGUUUCCCAGACCCGGCCUGCGGUAACUCGUUGGACCCCGUAGCCUUCAGGCUGCAUUGAUUGAAUUAGGGGUGAGACGUGCUUGGGCGGAACUGGUGGGUGUUUCUGAUCUAGCCUGCUGCCCACCAUGACGGAAUGGAUGAAGAGAGGCCCCAUCGAAUGGCAAGAUUACGUUUAUAAAGAGGUCAGAGUGACAGCCAGUGAGAAGAAGGAGUAUAAAGGAUGGGUUUUAACGACAGACCCCGUCUCUGCGAAUCUUGUGCUCGUGAACUUCCUUGAAGAUGGCAGCUUGUCUGUGACUGGAAUUAUGGGACAUGCUGUGCAGACUGUUGAAACUGUGAAUGAAGGGGACCAGCGAGUAAGAGAGAAGCUGAUGCAUUUGUUCAUGUCUGGAGACUGCAAAGCAUACAGCCCAGAGGAUCUGGAAGAGAGAAAGAACAGCCUAAAGAAAUGGCUUGAGAAGAACCACAUCCCCAUCACUGAACAGGGAGAUUCACAAAGAACUCUCUGCGUGGCUGGGGUCCUGACUAUAGACCCACCAUAUGGGCCAGAAAAUUGCAGCAGCUCUAAUGAGAUUAUUCUGUCACGUAUUCAGGAUCUCAUUCAAGGACAUCUUGCAGCUUCCCAAUGAGAAGCCAAGAACUGUGGACUCACUGACUGAAACUGACUUCUUUUUUUUUUCUUCAUAAAAUAUUUUGAAUGUAAAUUCAUCAUAUUACAGGACUUGAAAGGUG